GCCGCCGUCGCCGCCCCCUUUCGGUCCGCCGCGCCGCCAUGUCGGUGACGCUGCACACGAACCUGGGGGACAUCAAGUGCGAGGUGUUCUGCGACCAGGUGCCGCGGACGGCGGAGAACUUCCUGGCGCUGUGCGCGAGCGGGUACUACGACGGCACCAUCUUCCACCGCAACAUCAAGGGGUUCAUGGUGCAGGGCGGCGACCCCACGGGCACCGGCAAGGGCGGCGCCUCCAUCUGGGGCGGCAAGUUCGCCGACGAGUUCCGCGAGGCGCUCAAGCACGGCGCCAGGGGGGUCAUGUCCAUGGCCAACUCCGGGCCCAACACCAACGGCAGCCAGUUCUUCAUCACCUACGCCAAGCAGCCCCACCUCAACGGCCACUACACCGUCUUCGCCAAGGUCAUCCACGGCUUCGAGGUGCUCGACCUCAUGGAGAAGACCCCCAACGGGCCCGGCGACCGCCCGCUCGCCGAGAUCAGGCUCAACCGCGUCACCGUGCACGCCAACCCCAUCGCCGGAUAGAGCAAGUUGAGGCAUCUUCUUAGCUGGAGGUUGGUUAAUCUAGGAACUGGAAUUUCACCUAUCUGGUUAUGUGAUAUCAUCGCUCUCCUGAAAUUUAGUCUGAUCACUGAUGUUGCAAGUGUUUGGUUAAAUGCUUUACUGGCUUGUGAUUAUUCAUCUACCAGAAGAUUGUUGUUGCAAGAACAUCAUGGCACGCUGCAUUGUUUGUUCAUUCUGCGCUGAUCCGCAGACUCGCCAUUCGACUUCUAAAGAGUGUGGUUCACCAUUGGCAUGAUUCAGCUGUUGUGACCUA